AUGAGUCGAAUUCUCCAAAUAUGCCUUGCCUGCACAAUAGUUGGUGUUCAAAUGUUGUUUGUGGAAGGUAAGAAGUAUAGUAUUGAUCUCAGUCAAACAUUUUGUCUCCACAAAAUGACGAGUUUCAAAGCAUAUAUAGCCGGAACAUAAGCCUUUGCUCAAAUUGCAAAUAAAUGUUUCGCAUUUCGUCGAGAAAAAGCGCCCGUGGAGUCAGGCCUUAAUACUUUGUUGUUUUCACUCUUAGUGAAAUUCAACAUGCAAGUGGACUCAUAAGGGCACACAUGAGAAAAUUAAAAGUGGAGACCUAGUUGAUUCGUGAUGAUCAAGUAUGCAUUCUAUAUCUAUUAUUUCGAAGCACACAAUUUACCAUUUCAAACCGCUGCAUGAGAUAUGUUUUUUUGUUAUGUCAAAAGAAUCAUUGUACAAUACAGUUUCAUUUAUAACCAGUUCAUUUACUCUUUAUUGCCUUAUAGAAUUAAGUAUAUAUGAACUUUUCAUAUGCCGAUCUACUAUAAAGCCCGGAUCAAACUGACGGAGGACGACUGACGCGCGAGAGUGCAUGAGAGUUGGAAUCACGCGAUCUUAGUUAGCUGUUCUCGAUGCUUUCCCAACACUAUCUGCAUGUAUUGUAUUUUAGUUGAAACAUAGUUGAAACACUCAUCACACCUGUAUUUUGUUAAUCUAGCGCUUAACAAUAGACCUUAUGCAUAAUGACGUCACAAGGCUUGAUGCCCGCGAGGAAUGCUGGUCUUGGUAGUCAUCGCCAUAUGGUCAUCGCCAAUGGUCAUCGCCCGGGAAAAUUAAACAAUUCAAAAUGGCCACUAUCGAAAUUUUCCCGAGCGAUGACUACUAAGACCAGCAUUCCUCGCGGGCAUCAAGCCCUCUGACGUCAUUAUGCAUAAGGUCUAUUCAGUCGUGACUGCUUACUCUCAUAAACUCUCAUCCUUCGUUUGACUCUAGUUGAUGGUUUGACCGUGGGCGGUUAGUGGGCCUUCAACAAAUCGAGUUUAUCUCAUUCACAUUACAUUCCGCACUUUAAACGUUCGACAUUUGAAAAACGGACAACGUAUGAUGAAUUUUUCUGGAGAGUCAUAAAAUUUCUGCAUAAUGUUUAGUUUUUUGACCACCCGAAAAUGGGAUAAGCCGCAAACUGACCCUUCCACCGUAGCUGCAUGUGCUCGGUGUUCAGACAUGGGUCAUACGGUGGCCGCUAGAGACUCCCUUAGAAAGCCUUGUCCUUUGCAAUUCGGCUUAGCUCUCAGCCGAAUGGCUAGCAUACCUCCACUUAUCAUUUGCAAUUGAUUUUCAGGAGACUGCAAUGAACGCUUCAACACUACACAAGGUGUACUAACCACAAACGGUUUUCCUAAUAGUUUGAAGUAUACAGUUUGUAUAUUCCAUAUUGACGUCGGUUCGGGAAGGAUUGAAGUGACUUUUGAGAAUGUCAGUCUGCCAGGCAAUGCCGUUGUUGGACUCGACAUAUAUAGUCCUGCAGGUGCGGCCAAGUUCUUAAAUGUGGCUCAGCUCUGCCCUGAAUCACUGGUUCUGUAUUCUAAGAGUCACAGCACUGCAAUCUUUAUUAGCAAGCCGACAAAUGUAAGCGAUAGUUACAAAGGAGUGAAACUACAUUAUAGAAGAGUUCCGGAAGGUAUGUCUGAUUCUGAUUUCGAUGUUGUAUCACUUGUAUUUUUCAGUGGAAAUGAUAAUUACGAUUUAGUUGUCAACUGCAGUGAGAAAAUAAAUUUUGAUAGUGUGCUAGUUAUGUUUUGUAUGCAAUGAAUAAAAUAGAAUACUAAGCCUUAAAAGAAGUACUUUAGAAGUGCUUUUGUCACAUAAUUUCCAAACGUAGUCUAAAUAGACCAGUUAGAAGGCCGUAAUUGGUUUCUGAGUUAUUGUAGUCUCGUAUGUCACGUAUAACUUUAUCCUUUGCUACAGGUACUUGCAAAUUUAAGUACAAGUCUUUCGUUGGCACCGAACAAGAGAUACAGAGUCGCGGUUAUCCUAAAAAUUAUGAAGCUAAUUCAACUUGCGAAUACAUCGUCGCUGCUUGUUCAAAAGACAAUGUAAUUCAGAUAAGUUUUCGAGACUUGUCAUUUGGCCCCAGGGACGUGCUUGCAGUGUACAAUGCUGAAGACAAUAGCGUUCUAUUGGGUCCACUCACUGGACCUCUAGAGGGUAUCGAAACUGGGCCUCCAAGCAGUUCUUCUGUGAAAAUUGUUGUUAAUACCAGUGCAUCUUCUUCAGCUGUGAGAAAAUAUGCAUUUGUGUUCCGGGAACUUUUGAAAGGUGAUUUGCGUUACCACAUGUAAAUUUUAAUAGACGUUAAAACGCAACAUAUUAUACCACUGAUACCAUUGACAAUAUCAUCUUGCAUUGCUCAACCACUUAACCUCAUUAUCCAAUGAAACCAUACUUUGCUUUUCCUCACUUUACCAUACCAUAUCAUACCAUCCAUAUCUUCACCUAACCAAACUAAACCAUACCAUACAAUUAGAUACCGUAUCAUAUCAUAUACCCUGCCAUCAAGCUAUACCAUACCAUACCAUACCAUACCAUACCGUACCAUACCAUACCAUACCAUACCAUACUCACAAUACUAUACCUUACAAUCCAAUUCCGUAUCAUAUAUCAUACCAUACUAUAUUAUCCCACAUCAUGUCAUAACACACCAUAAAAAUACAUACCAAAAAAUGCCGUACAAUAUCAUACUAUACAAUACCAUACCACAACAUACCGACUUCAGCUUACCUCACUAUUUUAUAACAGUACAUUAAUGCCUGUUAACCUAAGCAAAGCUAUCAUAAAGGUUCUACAUAUGCUUUCUUUUUGCUCCUUACGCAGGCAAAUGUGUGAAGGACCAUUAUGACGGUAAUCUAGGAGUCGAACAACGUGUUUCGUCUGCUGGAAGGCCAUGUUUGCACGCUGUUAGAUCCUACAAAGAAACAUGGCUGCGGCUAUGGUUCGAAUCAAUCCGUAUUUCUCCAGGAAACUUCGUCCUCCUUGCACUAAAAGACUCUAGAGGAAGAAUCAGGAUGAAUUGGAAUUUGACUUCAAACGAUUCUGGACUUGUGAGAAACUUCGAUGGUAUCAAGCAAGGGAAUUGGUUUGAGAUAGAACAAACUGCCAAUGUCUCGUUUGAUUUGAGGUUCAUGUCGUACAGUGCUGGUUAGUACGACUAAUGUAUAUUUAUUAUUUAUUACUAAGUUAUCUGUUAAAUAAAUCGUAAAUGUUUACUAUUUAUAUGAAAGAAAAGAUUCUUAAAACAAUCUAGACAGUAUUUCCAACAACAAAAGCAUGCCAAGACACACGGCAGGUCCCCGUUGCGCAUUCUCUUACCUCAAAUAUGCAUCUCUAUAAUCAAAUGCUACAUACACAACCGUGGCUAGUGAAGUAUGCCGGUAACAUUGUGACGUUACCCCCGUUUAAUUAAUAUUACAGCAUGUUACACUCCAUGGAUAUUUGGUCAGCUAUUGAGCUGAUAUGACGAUAAAUAAUAAUUUCCAUUAUUACAGACAAGUGUCCCAUCUACAAAGUAACUAAAGAAUACGAGAGUGGUUUCUCUUCGCCUGGUUAUCCUGCCAAUCUUUCUCGCAACAGUAGGUGCGAGGUUUACUUCAAAGCCGUGGACAAGACGAAGGUGAUUCACCUCAGAUUUUCAGAAUUAUUUUUAACUCCCGGAGAUGACGUCACUGUUUAUGACCCAUCUGACAGAAGUGUUAUGGCAAGGUACGAUGGGACGGAAAAUAUGCUAGUGUCUUUGACGUCGAAAGGUGAUUCCGUUCGCGUUGUCUUUACUUCGGCAGACAAUGAGACAACGGUCGGGCGACGAUUUAAACUUGCUCAUCAAGCUUUAUCUUCAGGUAACAGUAGUGUUUUCAUUGUCUUGUUAAUAGUCAAAAUAAUUGCUUGGAACCUUACCUUACCUUACCUUACCUCACCUCACCUCACCUCACCCCACCUCACCUCACCUCACCUAACCUCACUUCACCUCACCCCACCUCACCUCACCUUACCUUACCUCGUGCAUUUUCAAUUUCAGGCACCAUUUUCAAAACACUGCUGUUACCCGCAUACUGUAUACACUAGCAUCCAAUGAAUAAACUUUGUGUUUGUAGAUAAAUGUCUUGUGGAAUACGUGCCACUGGAUAAAUCAGGACAAUUUUCCUCCGUGAAUCGUUCAUGUGAAUUCAACAUUUAUUACCGUACUGCAAUAGAAAUGACUUUCAAAAACAUCGACGUUCCUCAGAACAGCACCAUUGCCGUGUUACAAGGGAUAAAAGAAUUAACAAGUUUCAAAUCUCUUGGGAAUAUUCGUUCGGAGGAUUCUGGCAAGACGAAAUAUUUUAGAAAUGUGGUAUACUCGAUUUUUUCCUUGAUAACCGUUCGCACUGAUGCAGCAAAUGUGUAUUUUCGUCUGAGUUUCAAGCCCUUUAUUUCUGGUAAGGUUUGCUAGUAUUAAGUUAGUCAGUCGGUCAGAGAGCUGGGCAUUCGGUCGGUCAGUCAGUUUUUCAAUUGGUCGUUCGGUAGAUCGGUCGAUCUGUCAGUCAGCCAGGCAGAUAGCUGGUCAGUCGGUCGAACCUGUUAGAUAGGUUAGGAGCACAGUUGAGAAUGCUCAAGAGGUUAAGAGCAGCUUAGAGCUAAGUGAAACACGCUUGAUUGGUUAAGAGCCGGCUCAAUAUAUUAAGAACCGGCUCAGAGCCAAGAUGAUGCAAUAGGUUUAGGUUAGGUUUCCAUUUAACCGCUAUAUCAUGCAUGGUCACAGUCAAGACAAGCCUCUGAAUAAGAUUAAGAAUUUAACCGCUAUACUAUCAUGCAUGGUCACAGUCAAGACAAGCCUCUGAAUAGGUUAAGAACCAGCUCGGAGCUAGCUCGGAGCAAAGACGAGCCUCUCAAUAGGCCACGAGGCAGCAUUGGGCUGUGUUGUGCCUGCUUGAUAGGUUAAAAGCCAGCUCGGAGCCAAGACGAGCUUCUCAACUAUGGGCUAGGUCCAGGAAGCAGCUUUGUGUUAUGGUGUGCCUGCUUGGUUAAACUAGGUUAAAUUAUUCCUCUUAAUUGAUAGUACAGACUAACGGAUAUAAUUUCUUUGUCAAGACCGAACUGUACUCCUCCAAGGCUCCAAUGGGACUCUACUCUCUCCAUAUUAUCCUGAAUCAUACCUACGAGACAUCGAACAGGUUUAUCAUGUGAUAGUCCCUAAUGGGCACGUGAUGCUGAACUUUACUGAAAUCCGAUUGUCUGGUGAACGAUUUUCUAACGACCAGGUGAGGAUCUAUGAUGGCAGCACUACCUCUGAAGGCGCCAGACUAGGUUACUUUGAAGGCAGAACUCCCGUGGUUGUACCUGCAUGGUUUUUUGGUUCUAGUAAUAUUAUAACUGUCACAUUUUACUCCGGCAAAGUUGAUGUUUCAAAAAGGACGUACCUGUUUAAAGCUCUGUACACAAUGAAUACCCAAGGUAUGUCAUAUUUUGUCUGGAAUAGUAAGUGCAAAUUAGAAAAUUGCUGGCAAAGCAGCUCUUCUUUGAUCAACAGGGUUGUUUCUAAUCAUAGUAUUCAUACCUUUUAUUAAGUGAAUUAUUGUGAUGCUUUAAAGUGGCCAAAUACACAUCCUGAAAGGAAUUUGACAUUGCCAGGUUGGCUUAUUAUUGUUGUUAUUUGCUUGUCGUUGUCGCUGUCGCUGUCGUCGUUGUCGUUGUCGUUGUCGUUGUCGUUGUCGUUGUCGUUGUCGUUGUCGUUGUUGUUGUUUGUUGUUGUUGUUGUUGUUGUUGUUGUUGUUGUUGUUGUUGUUGUUGUUGUUGUUGUUGUUGUUGUUGUUGUUGUUGUUGUUGUUGUUGUUGCUGCUGCUGCUGCUCUGCUGCAGUUGCUGCAGUAGCUGCAGUUGUUUCUAGCUGCAGUAGUUGCUGUAGUUGCUUUGUAACGAUGUCGUUGUUGUGUUGUCGUUUCUUUAUGAUCGUCGUCGUCGUAUGUUUAGUGUUUACUGGUGACAAUUUUUUAGUAGAAUUUUGGAUCCUAUGCUAAAUGCGUUUCACUAUCUUUUGCUGUAGGUCGAACAACGAAAUAUUUCUGUAAUAAAGAUUAUUUAAAUCCAGACUAUCAAAAUUAUAAUGUGGGUAAAUGGGUUGCGAGGAAAUGUCGUUUUGACGGAGAAUGGGAACAAGGCGCUACUUUGACGUGCAAGAGAAUAUGUCCAAAACUUGGUAAGUCUUACUGUUUAUUUUAUUGUUUUUGAAUAAUUUUAUUCCAGGGUUUAAAUGGACUAAACCGAGUGCUGAACUCCUAUGUUUAAAGAUUUUACAAAGCAUUCAUUUUCCAAAGAUUUUUUAAGCCCAAUUCGCUCCUUCCCCCAAAUGUUCACCAUGGUCAAUCGAGAGCUAUGGUCUUGAAUCGAAACUGCGCAAAAUUCAACAGGCUGCUAAAUAAUGCAGAACUGCAAUUACAUGUUGAAGCAUUAUCACCGGGCACAAACCUUCUGAAAUUUGCUUAUUAAAAGGAAGGCUGAAGAGGAGCAGGGGCGAAACUAGCCCCUUUUAAUUAGGGGGUGUCUGGCAGAAUUGCCCUGCCAAAACCAAUGAUGCCCUGCAGCGCCAAAUACUGAUACAUCAUUAAGCUACCUGUAUAAUUGAACUGCCAAUGCCAAUGUACAUGCAUACGAACUGCUUAUUGUUUGCUAGCUGUAACAAGUUACUUAAUAACUCUACAUUCUAUCAUUUAAAAUCUUUGAUUGCCCUGCCAAUCGGGAUGAUUCGUAUUUUGGCGUGGUGCCACACACUCCCUCCCCCCUCAAGUUUCGCCCCUGAUAUUAGAGGAGGCCAGUGAAGAAGUGGUACACUGCCCUGUUAAUUUCUAAUCCAAUUUAAUCGCAUUUUAGUCAAACUGUACCUGGGCAAUCCCCAUGAUCCGUCCAACAAAUUUUCGCAUUAAACGUUUGGUAUUUCUCUAAGUUAUCGUGCCGAAAGGCAAACAUGCACGUGCACACAUACACACAAACACACAUACCAACGCGAAUGAAAAUAUCAUGGCGGAGGUAAUCAUGUUAAACUUAAAAUUAACCCGAGUUCUUAAGGUCCGUUUACACUAGCUUGCAAUUUUUGCUGCGAUUUAAAGUGCGAUUUUCUUCUUCCGAUUGAUGUGAACGAGUGGAUGAGUUAUUAUUAUUAUUAUUAUUAUUAUUGAUCUUUAAACACGGUAACCUUUCACAUAGGUGAUUUUCAAAGGGCCGUGCGGAAAAUAAAUGCAUUAUAAAAGAAGGAACUAAUAAACUAAAUUAUACUUAUUUACAAAAUAUACUUAUUUACUUAUUUACUUAUUUACAAGAUGUAAUUAUUUAAUAGAUGAUGGACAGAUUUUAAACUUGUUGACUCUCUUAGGGUUUUCAACAAGUUUACUGGGAUGUUGUUCCAAUACGCUGCUCCUCUGUACGAAAAGCUAUUUUUCAAGAAAUUCGUUUUUGGUUUAGGUUGAGACAGCUUUAAAUUACUACUGCGCAGUACGUAACCAUUGUUUUCGCAAGUGUGAAAUAGUUGUGUUACGUAUUCUGGAAGCAUGCCAUUAAUCGCUUUAAAUGUCAUAAGGAGAUCUCGCUUUUUCAAAACUAAGUCAAGAGGUUUCCAGCUAAGUUUUUGAAAAAUGUCCGGAGAUCUUAUAGUAUAGUCCGAAUUUGUUAUUAUUCUUGCUGCUCGUUUCUGAAGCUUAUAUAAUUUGUCUAAGUGUGUUUGGUUGUUAUUUUGCCAAACAGUUGAACAGUAGUUAAAAUGAGGCGCGACUAAUGCGUUAUACAUAAUUUUGAGCGUAUCUAGGCCAACAAAAUCUUUGGCUUUUCUUAAAAAAUUAAUAUUUUUUGAUAUCUUGUUGCAUUGUUCUUCAUUUUGCCUAUUCCAGCUAAGUCUAUCGUCUAUAACUAUACCCAAAGCUUCCUUUUUAUAAACUCGUUCAAUUUGAUGUCCGUUUAUACUGAUUUUUGGCACGUGAUCUAAGUUUUUCAAUCGUUGCCGAGAUCCAAUAAUCAUAUAUUUGGUUUUUCGUUGUUUAAUGUUAGUUUAUUCGCUGAUAACCAUUUUUGAGCAUUUACUAGGUCUUUGUUAAGUUUGUAUUCAAUAUCUAUGGAUAAAUGCCCUUGACAUGAUAAAAUUGUGUCAUCAGCAAAUAAAUUAGAAUGUGUUGUUUCUAGGCAGUUUGGGAGGUCGUUUAUGUAAAUGAGAAAUAAUAGAGGUCCAAGAUUUGAACCCUGAUGUACUCCACAACGAAUUGUUUCAAUAUCAGAUUUACAGUUAUUUAGCAUGCAAAUUUGCUUUCUUUGAUCUAAAUACGAUUGGAACCAUUUGAGCGUGUGGUCGCGUAUCCCAUAAGCUUGUAGUUUUGACAAUAGAAUCUGGUGAUCAAUCGUAUCAAAUGCUUUUUUCAGGUCUAAGAAAAUAACCCCAUUUAUUUGACACUGGUCCAUUGAUUUCAACCACAUUUCAGUGGAUUGUAGUAACGAGUUAUGAAUGUUCAGAUGAGCCGAUGAGGGUACAUCUACUCAGAGCAUUCAUAAUCACAUCCAUCAGAAGAAGAAAAGGCUUUAAGUGUCCACCUUAAUAAACCAACGUAAUUUUUAUUUAGAUGAGAAGCUGAAAAUAAACUCCACCCUAAAGUGGGGAUAUUCUUACCGUUUUUACUAUAAUACUGACAAGCCAUUCGACGGCACACAUGUAACGUUUGACUGUCGUGGUUAUGAAUGGAUAUUGAACGGUCCUGAAACGAUCACGUGCACUUCACAUGGUAACUACUCUGCUACACCUCCAACUUGUAAGAAACGACCAGACAGAGAGACAGAUAGUUUCAGUUCAAGUAAGUUCAUGUCUGGUGUCUACCUGUAUAUACCUACCUACCUAUAUACCAACAUACCUACGUACGUACGUACGUACGUACCUACCUACCUACCUACCCACCUACCUACCUACCUACCUACCUACCUACCUACCUACCUACCUACCUACCUACCUACCUACCUACCUACCUACCUAUCUACCUACCUUCCUACCUACUGUACCUAUCUAGCUGACUAGCUACCCAGGGGUGUAGGAAGUAUCAAAAGAUUGGGGAGGCACCGGCUACCAGGGGCACUUUUGGAUAUUGAAAAGGGCACCUAAAAAUUUUUUCCCGAAAAUGUUGGCGACGGGGAGGGGGGAAAGAAAAAUGUUCCCGUCAUACUAUACCGAAAUUGCACGUUUUUUGACCAAAUUGUUUUUAAAAACAUUGAAAUUUCCAAACAAAAAGGGCACCUUUGAUGUUAAUUUAGUAUUUACAGCAACAUUAGCUUGUACAAAAAGGGCACUUUUCAUCAUAAAAAAGGGCACUUUUGGUCCUUUGAAAAAAUUGAGGGGUGGGGGGCACGUGCCCCCUGUGCCCCCGGUUCCUAGCCCCUGUACCUACCUACCUACCUACUUAUAGAUCAAAAUCUAAAGUUAUUUGUUUUCAAUUUCCUCUAGAUAAUACUUGGAAAUACGGAGCAGGAAUUGGUGGUGCAUUAUUCAUUGUCAGUAUUGUGAUUACAGUAUUAAGGGUUUGCUUCGGAUGUUUUACUUGCUGUAAUACUGCCAGCGCUAGUUCCACUUUACCAAUGACUAGUUUGAGUAGCGAGAAACUCUCUUAACUGAGUGUCCAAGUACACAUAUUAUAAAGGCCCAUUUCUACUCAAGAAAAUUUCCACGGGCAGAAAAGAAGCAUAUACUAGAAAAUUUUCUCGUUUCGGCAUAUAGCAAGGUAUCGGCUACACUUAGUUGUAGUAGCAUGGUCCUGGUGAUUCCAGCUUAUUUUUUCCUAGCCUCCAAAAUUGUGCUCUAAGCGAUGCUUUUACCUAAACAAGAAGAAGAUUAUUGCCGCGGUUACCUUUUCUUAUAUUUGCUAAUUGCUCGUAUUGCUCAAAUGUUUAUAAUCGUUUAUAGCCAAUUCAAGGAAGGUUGUCCUUUGCAAACCUUAAACUCUAAGCUUGCUAAGCAUCAUUUGAUCAGUUUAGAAAUCAUAUUUUGGGUAAAUUUCUUAGAGACGUGGUAAAUAUCUCCUUAUGGGAACAAUUCAUUCACAAAUAGCUGCAAUAUUCAACUACUGAGCUUGAAAUAUGUGUUUCCAUUAAGCUUUGCGCGCUCAGUAGAGUUUAAGGUUUAAAGAUGAUGUCCACUCCGUUCUGCGCAUCAGUUCUGCUCGUAACAAACGGGGACCCCCAGAUAUAAACAUUGCCCAAAUUUUAAAAAGUAUAGCGAACCAGAAGAAUAUUCAGUUAGUAGGCUAUAUCAUAUUUUACGAAUAUAGAACGAAUUUCCUUUGAUAUAUCCGAUUAACCAAUCAGGUGCGUUUGAUAUAUCCGAUUAACCAAUCAGGUGCCUUUGAUAUAUCCGAUUAACCAAUCAGGUGCGUACUGAGCCAAUGAGUGGUAGUGCGUGGUAGCGGUAGUAGAAGUCAAAUCUGAACCUCCAUAAUCUCAAGGUGCCCCAACCCGUGUAUGAUGCGGUGUAGAUAUAUUUCUGUGAUGAGAUGGGAGCGAUUUGUGAGUUGAAAUACAUUCAAGCUGGAGCUUAGGUUCAGACCAAUUCUUGAAAAAAUCAGCGUGACUGGGAAAAUCCCAAUGAGCUCUUUAAAAAAUCUGAAGCAAGAACUCCGGUCACUCACUAUGAGAAAAGCGAAUCAACAUGGCCAAAAUUUGACGUCCAAUAUCUAUGAAAGACGGAAAAGGCCGUAAACAGUUCUAAUACCAUUUAAUUUCCCCCCAACUAAUUCCAACGGAUCGUAUCCGUCAACAAGUUAUCAGAUCGAGAUCAAAAUACGAAAUUUCUGCGCAGAAAAAAGGACUGGAACUGACUCGAGUUGUCACUCCCAAUAUAUAUCAUAUAUGGAGCUCACUUGAAAAUCCAAACACCCCCCCCCCCC